GGCGUUGUGUCCGCAUUGGGGACGCGGACGCUUUUUGGGAACCAGGAAGACUCGCCUGCUCACCCCUCGAGAGCACUUCCGGUAUACCCUGUCUUGUACACAUCACUCUCUACACGUCAACAAUAUCACCUACUUCCGUCGAAGGCGCGUCCAGACCUCAAACGCCUGCAGACCUGAAGUUCGGCGCUUGCAAGCUCCCGUCCCGCCGCUGCUUUCUCUUGUGCAAGCCAGCCCACCGCCGCCGUCGCCUCGAGCCUGAUACACAAGUCUACAAGCAGACAAAGAUGCUGGAGGCCACCGCCACCGCCGCCUGGGGCCUGGGUGCGAGGGAGCACAAAGGGGACAAGGCCACUUUCCUGGGCCUGAGCGUCGACCUGUCCGCGCCAUACUACAACAACAACAACCACGCUUCGUCGGGUGAUUCGUCGCCCUCGAACGGCAGCCUGGCCGACGUGCCGGUUAACUUUGACCUCUUCUCGGGUCUGCCGCACGCGCCCCCGGCGCCCGCGGCACCGGCCGCCCAGGCGACAGCCAACCCCCAAGCUGACUACAUCGCCGCCAUCCUCGCGGCCGCUGCCGAGGCCAAGGGUGCUCAGGGCGGUGCCGCCGCAUACGGUGCGACCUCUGAUCAGAUGGCCAAGCAAGCCUACGCCGCUGCCGUCGCCCAGCAGCAGCACCAGCAGCAGGUCGCCGCUGCCCAGGCGCAGGCCCAGCAGCAGGCCCUACUGCAGCACUACCUGGCUCAGCAGCAGGCGCAGCAGCACGCCCAGCAGCACGCCCAGCAGCUGCUGAUGCUCCAGGCUCAGCAGCAGCAGGUCGCUGCCCAGCGCGCCGCACAGCAGCAGGCGGCCCAGAUCGCUGCUGCCGCCCAGAUCGCCGCCGUGCAGCGCGCCCAGCAGCUCGCUGCCCACCAGGCCGCCGCUCAGCAGGCCGCCAUGAUGCAGGCCUACCAGGCGGGCGCCGCCGUGCAGGCCCAGCGGGCCGCGGCCCAGCAGGCCAUGCAGCAGCUGCAGGCUGCCGCUUUCCUGCAGCAGGCCCUGCUCCAGAUCCAGCAGGCGCAGCAGAACAACAAGAAGUGAUCGUCGUAAUUUAUUGGCAAGCAAGAACUCGUCACCCAGAGCGGAGCAGGUGUCGUGUGCGCAGCCGCUAAGUGAUUCACAGCCGGCAUCUUGUCGCUGCGUGUUCAUAUCUUCGCAGCAGCAAACUUUCGUCAGCACCCUUACACGUUAUACCUAUCUGUCCUGUACACAGUAUUGACCGGCAGUGCCGGGCAAGUCGUUGCUUGCCCUGUCUUUUUCCCUUAUUUCGGUUGCUGAUUGCAUUGAGUACAUGCGAGGCGCGUCCAUCACCAGCGCAGUGCUGGAUACGAUGGCACGUCAAGAGAACACAGAGUGUGUUGCAGCUGUACGGAGCCGUUUGUGUGUUCGUUUACCGCAGGAGCGCCUUGGGUGAGCAACAGGGGCUUGAGCAGCAUGUGCCGCUCGGUUCCCUGUCAGUGUGCAUGGUGUCUCAGGCGGGUGAGUGGUGCCCGGAAUGCGGGCGCCUCUUUGUGUGUGGUUUCGUUGAAGUAUGUGUGUGACGCGGGCUAUAUUUUUGCUUGUGAAUCGGUACAGAAAACUGGUUGGCUGAAAUAAGGAGUGGGGUUGUGGAGAGUGUGUGCCGGGGUGACGAAGAGGUGCGGCUUAUACCGUGUACCUCUUUAUUUGGUAUGUCGGACUGAUACCGAAGGAAAUGAGGGGUUGUGCGUUUUGAUUGUUUGGAAGCGCGGACCACGAAUAUGUACUCCGUAUGCGGAGCAAUUGGGCCACUGGAUAGCGGAUAACGAUAUUGGCCCCUGUUCAAAACCGCACCGUCAACGGGUGUGAGUAGUUGAACAGGUGGGCCGGCCCUUCGUAGAGAGGGGGCGUGAAGAUAUCGCUGUAUGAAGAGUUUUGGAGCAGCAAGCGCAUGGGCCCCCGCCCGGGGGGCGGCAACCCAGAGCGGCGUUAACUAGGGGGGCGUUGACAGAUUAUCGUGAGCAUGACAUAAAUGCCGGGUUGGGGUUUUAGUGAUGUAUGGGGUCAUUGCCAGGCUUUCAUUUUAACAUUACUGCCAACAGAGUGAGUGGCAGGGAAGCGUGUGGUGGCGGCCGCAACAGGUUUCAGCCCCCCGUACCCUUUUGCAGUUGUUGGUGUGUGCGCGUGGUGCGAGUGUACAGACAGUUAGCUGCAGGUGCAGAACCCCGUGGAAUUUGGUUUCUUUGUGGGAGCGGUAAGGCUUAUGUUAAUUUUGCGUUAGUACGGCUCAGACCAGCCGCAUGGAUCGAAUUCUUUGUCUUUCGUACGGAGCACAUACAUACAUAGAAAGGAGAUGUCCUCGGUCGUAGCGUAACACAGUUGAUAAAAGUGGGCGGAUGGGGUGCGCAAGAGGCACGAGCUCCGGUGCAGGUCUGGAAGAGCAAUAGCGGACGACACCUGGACGCACACGACGAAUGAUUGAAGUCAAGAUUGGUCAGACGCCAAACCCGGGCUUCGCAUGUCUCCUGUAACACGUACGUCGC